AUGAGGAUGAGGGCAUGGCUGAGUGUUGCGUGCGGGUUGAUGAGCGUGUCCUGUGAGGCUGUGAGGAGUUGUGCAGAGAUCCAGUGUGAUGAAGAUCAGCGAUGCUGCACUCAGAACAACAGCAUCACGACGGUCCACUGCUGCAAACUCCCCCUGCACGCUUUCCUCCACAACCUGGACUGGGUCGUCCGGAGGCUGUCGGGACUGCUGAUCCUGCUGUUGCUCUUCGUGGUGGGUUACUUCAUCCAGCGCGUGGUGUGUCCACGUCCCCGCCGUCAGACACACGAGGAGCCGUCUCUUCUACACGGACACGCGUCCCAGGACUCCCUCACAGGGGACUUCAGCUCGCCGGUGCUGCUGCUUCCCACAUACGACGAGGUGAAAUAUCUGCCCACAUAUGAGGAGAUCAUGAUGGAGGGCAAUAGAGACGAUCUGAGCUCGGAGGAAAGACGUACGACCUUGCAAACAUCUAGAAGAGCCAGAAACUCUCUAUAACUCAUUGAUUCUGGAACAGCUAAUGCAA